AUGAUUAGCCAGACAAUACCCGUUUCUGACGAGCUCAAGGAGGCAUAUCUGGCCCAGAAGCGUAUGAUUCAAGUCAAGAUAUAUAAGGGUUUUGACCCCUUCUACACGUACCAUGUAUUUAACAUCCCAGAAGCCUCAUCCACCGAAAAGGUCAUUCGCCUAGCAGCUCGGGCGUUUGAAAUACCCCAGCUCGAAGCAGUGCUUAUCAACUCGACUGGAGAUGCCAUUGUGCCAUGUCAGACUAUCCUGGACACUUGCAGGCGUUUUGGCACAACCCUUACAGUUGCCCAUCUCAAACCCAUAAUUCCUGUCGUUGAAAAUUACGAAGUCCAAGCGGCGUAG